AUGCUCGGCAGCGGGGGAUUGCAGCAUCUCGUCCGAGAUCUGCAGAGGAUACCGGCGCGCUUCCCUCUCUUCUUUCUUCUCCGUCGGCGUAUUGGUAAACAUAGRGGCGGUAGAACAAAGGGGCCGCAGCAAGCACUCCGGUUAUUUUCCAAUCGUGUGUGUUUGUGUUCACAGCUGCUGGAGCUUGGUGAGAACUAUACACCAGAAAUAUCAGAAUACAAGGAGGGAAAGAUUGUGAGCUUCGACCUAACAACCAAACAGAUUGAGCUGGAACUCCUUCAUGCCUCUCAAGCUCCUGUGGAGCCCGGAAAGUUCGACCUGGUCUAUCAGAACGCUGAUGGCUCGGAGAGCGUAGAGUACGCUGUGUCCAGAGGUGCUUGGGUGACAGAGCGGUGGGAUUCCCUACUGGAACCAAGGCUGAUCAUUUAAAUCAGACAUGUUUUUACAUUCACCUGAUCCUGCAAGAAGGAUACGCCUUUUUAUCCAAUUUGCUUUAUUUCAAGUUAAAUUGGGAGUAAAAUUUCCUCAUGAUAUAUUUUAGCUAAAGGAUAUGAUAUUGGAAGGGAUAUGAUUAAGAUUGAUUAUAUCCCCUUUCCUUUAGUUUUUAAAUUCUUGCAUUUAAAAUGUGUUCGGAUGUAAAAUUAGAGUUAUUUUAAUAUGAAGGUGGAAGGACUGAUUGUUUCCAGGGUUGGGACACACUGCUUUUGUUUUUUAUACAAUGAUGUGACAGUGGAUAUCAGUCUUGUUUAAACUGUUUUCUAAUAAAAAAUCGAUUCAAAACUA